AUGUCGAACUGGAACCAGCUCCAACAAAAGAUAAAUGCUAAGCAGCCGCGGAGGAAACGGAAUCGUGGAAACAAAGCCGCUAAACGGCAACCAGACCCGCUGAAGACAGCCUCUCAAGUCGCCAAUGUGCCGCCAGCCCACCGACACUCGCAGAUCAUGACCGAGUUCAAGAUCCUCGACAAGCACCCCCCUUUGAAGAAGCGGGAGCCAGGGAGAUAUCUUGCUAUCGAUUGUGAAUUUGUUGGGGUGGGCCCCGAGGGACGUAAAAAUGCCCUUGGUCGAUGUCUGAUCGUCAACUAUUACGGCGAAGUGAUCUACGACGAAUACGUGAGACCUAAGGAAAGAGUCACCGAUUGGCGUACCUGGGUUAGUGGUGUCACUCCUGGGAAUAUGUACCAGGCCAAGGAUGUGAGUAUAGUGAAGCAAGAAGUCAUGGAUCUUCUCCAGAAUCGUGUUCUUGUGGGACACUCAAUUCAUAAUGACCUCAAGGUGUUGGGGAUCAGCAUGUCGAAACAGUUCAUUAGAGAUACCGCGACGCUUGCAGAGUAUCGAGCACAUUCGGGCGGGAAGCCUCCUUCAUUGAAGAAGCUUGCGCAAAUAUACUUCAAUAUUGAGAUCCAGCAUGGCUCACAUAGUUCAGUCGAGGAUGCUCAAAUGGCCAUGUUGUUAUUUCGAAUCAGGAAAAAGGACUUCAAAUUUGAAUGA